AUGAAUUCGACGAGGGGACUAGCCCCUGAGCUUGCUGGCGAACGACGACCUGCGCCUCUUUGCACCUUGAGCGAACAACAUAGUCUUCCCCAAUUGACUGCGGACAGAUUCAACAGUAGCUGGUGUGAAAUGGCCCUAGAGAAUACUUGGCAUCUCCGCCGAGUUGCAGACAACGCGUCCAAGGCGUGCUGGAUCUGCUACAAGCCCACCACCAAUGUGCUCAUCACUCCCAACAACAAGGAUUUCUUCUACACAUGUUCCGGUCAUCUGAAAGAUCGGGGCUUUUGCCAUCCCGAUGCCGAUGAAGUGGCGGAGAUUGAGGCGAAGAAGAAGGAAGAGUUCGACCGUGAGAUUGAAGCUGUGAAGAAAGAAUAUGAGGAGAAGCAGAAAGCUAAGCGAGAAAAACGCAAGAACAAGGACAAGGAGAAAGACAAAGAAAAGGAAAAGGAGUCCAAGAGCAAGGACGAGGAGGAAGACAAACAGGACGAGAAAGCCAAGGAAGACAAGAUCAAGGAGCUUACUAAGAGCAAAGAGAAAUCAGAGGCAGAGCUUGGCCCUCGCAUCUUUCAUCUCCACAAAAACUUCUACCAAAUGCGCGUCGACAAACUCCGCAGCGCAGAAAUCGCAAAACGUAACCGCGAACGCCUUUCCAACCCUGCAAACUUCCCUUCGGUUCCCUCAAACCUCCCCUAG